CGACUGUGUUGCGUGUGUGCUGCUGCUGUUGAUCGUGCGCUUGGCGUCCACUGUAAACAUUGCACUGCAUACAACAAACUGUUACGUUACACUCUCCUACUUCUUAGGAACCGGUUACUCCCGAUAUUUCUGAGUGACACGUACCAAUUGUGUGAUUUUUGUGUUACCUGGAAUAGUUUCGUUAAAAUCUAGUUAACUUAAUGAUAAUUGAAAGUGCUUGUGGAAUCAUUUUAUCACUAGUGCAGUAAUCUGUGAGUGGAAAUACAAAAUUUUCUCUAUAAUUGGAUUGCUUUACGGCAGCGAAUAAUUUUAAUUGUGUCCAUUGUUACAGGCAGAAGAUGGCGUGUGUGGAGAGGAUUAGGCACUAAUCCAAAAUGGCCGUCGCCCGCGCGGUCCUGGUCCUUUUAGCGUCGACGGCGCACGCCUGGAUGCCGGAUGCUAAUGCACGGAUACACGUUAAAUACGGAGAGGAGACUUCAGAGCAGUUUGUGGGCAACUCGACCGCACCGGACCACUUUCGUAUAUUAGACAAAGAUGAUUUCUCUAUCAUCGUCGGUGGCAGAAAUGCCGUUUAUAAUUUAAGCCUGUACGACUUGUCUGAAAACGUUGAUCAGCGUUUAGAAUGGCAGUCAACAGACGCGCACAGAGAACUAUGUCAGCUGAAGGGCAAAUCAGCGGACGAGUGCCAGAACUACCCACGUGUGGUGGCACGCUCGCAUGGCCGCUUGCUGGUCUGCGGCACCAACGCUUUCAAGCCGCUCUGCAGAAGAUACGACACCUCGCGACAGAACCACCGCCUCGAAGAGUUUGACGGAUCCGGACGAUGCCCUUACGAUCCGGAGCAUAAUUCCACUUCUUUAUUCACUGAUGGUCAGCUAUAUACCGCGACGGCAGCUGAUUUCUCCGGCACGGACCCCCUGAUCUACCGCGAGCCGGUGAAGACAGAACGCUCAGAUCUUAGAAUUCUCAACGAUCCGUCUUUCGUCGGAGCAAUCGCUUCCACCAGCCAUGCCUACUUUUUCUAUCGAGAAACAGCCGUAGAAUACAUGAACUGUGGAAAGGCGGUGUACUCGCGAGUUGCCAGAGUCUGCCUCAAUGACAAAGGCGGACCACACACCUUCAGCGAGCGAUGGACUUCAUUCCUAAAGACGAGACUCAAUUGCUCCGUGCCUGGGGAAUAUCCAUUCUAUUUCGAUGAAAUACAGGCAACGACUGAAUUAAUCAACGGAAUAUACGGAAGUGGAAACACAAGGAACGACAUAAUUUACGCCGUAUUCACGACGCCGCAGAACGCGAUAGGAGGCUCGGCGGUUUGCGCCUUCGCUAUGAGAGACAUAUUGGACGCAUUCGAUGGACCUUUCAAAGGGCAAGAGAGCAUGAACUCGAACUGGUUACCGCUAGAAAAAGAAAAAGUACCACAUCCUAGACCGGGCACCUGCGUAGAGGAUAGUAGAACUUUACCAGAUUCCGGAGUUAACUUCAUAAAGACGCAUCCGUUGAUGGAGAAAGCGGUUCCGUCAUUCUUAGCGCGGCCGAUACUGAUCAGAGUCAGUCUUCAGUAUCGUUUUUCUUCUAUCGCGAUACAUCCUCAGGUGCAAGCUAUGAAUGGGAACAAAUAUGACGUCAUGUACAUUGGUACUGACGACGGGAGGGUCAUUAAAGCGGUGAACGUGGCCGCGAACGAUGGUUCGUUUGACGCGAGCGUGGAUGAGAACAGCAGGAACCCCGUGAGGACCGCGGUUAUAUCUGAGGUCCAAGUGCUACCGAGCGGAGUGCCUAUAAAGCAAAUGCACGUCGCACUGACCACAGAGAAACUGAUCGUAGCUUCGGGUGAUAUCAUCAAAGGUGUUUCGCUUUCGCAUUGCACCAACGUUCUAUCGUGCAGAGAAUGCGUGGCAUUACAAGACCCGCACUGCGCGUGGGACUCCAAGCAGCAGCAAUGCUCAUGGGUGGGCAACAGACAGUUCCCCAACCCUGAACGUUUCCUGCAGAAUGUGGAGUACGGGAAGACUGAAGUGUGCAACAAGUUGCCCGCGCUGCUGCCGGAGCGCCGCAACAAGCAGCCCGCAGACACAGUCGCACACGACGACGUCCGCAACGAAAUACUCAUAGAAGUCGUCGAGACCAACGUCGUCUCCGAAGACAAGGCGACCAACAAUCAUAAACAUGAAACUGAUCUGCUGACAGUGGAGGCUGCAGACGGCAACAUCUACAGCGCGCAGGCGCUGCUCACAGCAGUCGUGGCCUCCUGCCUCGUCACCCUCAUGCUGGGCUUCGUCAUCGGGUACCUCUUCUCAAGGAGGUUUCGUCAUCCCUUCUUCGCAGACACCUCGCCAUUUAAUGAACAACACAAUCACUUGAACAGACUCAGUCCCCUGGAAACUCCGUUAAAUGUCAACUCCGGGUACAUGCCACCACGGUCCAAGAACGUAAAUAUGGUGGCAAACGUCGGACCGCUCGUCAAACAAGACAACCUGCAUUUGGAACUGGGCAAAGAUCGCUCUCUAGACAUGAGAAACUCAACCGAAUCCCUCGACAAGGACCUCAAGUGUGGCACACUACAGAAAGUUAAAAAGACAUACAUUUGAAACCAACAAACGGUGUACGGUACCAUUAGGAAGUGAUAGUGACAAUGAGUGCGUAGUGCCAAGUGUUGCCAACAGGCUCAGACUACGACAAUGUGACGAUUUUUUAUUAAAUAUAAAUAAAUCGUGAGAUAAAAAAUAGCCGAGUUGGUGAGUGAGUGAUUUUUCACAUUUGGAGACUAUUAUGAAAACGUACUCGACUAUUCCGCGACUUGUGUGACGAUAAACUGUUCAUAUCAAGACAUGUUAAACCAAAUAAACUCUGGUGCAAGGACGUUUAGACAUCUGAAAUUGUCUAUAUCUGUCCACCCCUAGUGCAGGACGGGUCGUGAGGACGUUUUUCUUUGUGACGACUCUGUUAUGUUCGAGCAGUGUAUGAUUGCAUUUAGAUUUUAGUAAUUAUCGAUAGGAACAAUUUCCUUCAGUAUUUUAAUCCAAUAUUUACAUC